GUGAUUGCAUAAUUAUCAGCUCAGUGUGGUUGGUAUUCUGUUAAAGUGCAGCUCUCAAUGUAGUUCGCUGGCAUGUCAGUCUGUCGGGCCUGCGCACGUCAGUCGCACUAUUAUCUCACCUACUCGUGUGCGGCAGUUGAGACAGCCAGCGGGAUUUCGUCAUAUCAAAACUCGGUUUUCCCCCAUCACGAGACCGCAUGACACAACGAGUCUACAGUCGUCACAUCCAGUAGACAGACCUUCAUUAGAGCUCCUCUAGUCAUCAACUUUAUACAUUAGGAGUCUAUCCUCACCACUCCCUCACACAUUCCCGGCAAAGUGCAACGGAGCAAAGGCGAAGGAGAGAAGCUGGGAAAGAGGUUUUUCCAUUGCAUGAUGUCAGGAUUGCUGAACGAGAUUCGACUCACACCUAGUCAACCAUUUACACCUGCUGGCUCACCGACGUCAGCAUCACCUGUUGAAUAAUUUAUAACAUCGGCUACAGACAUAGAUGCUAACCCAUGAAGAAGAACAAUCUGGAAUAAGGAUUAAUCCAGGUAGACAGUGUUCCGCUGUCUUGCCAUUCUUAUCCUGUGCGAGGAAGACAUGUAAGAUUGUAAGGAAACCAUGUUUUUGUCGGUAAGGUGUGUGGGUUGAAAGAUCGUGUUGGCGAACUACGUGAAAAUUCUUGUCGGUAAAGCGAAUUCUUCUAGUGGUGAGGCACAGGAGCAGCAUGGCCUCCACAGUGCCACCAAACACUGUUAGUGUGACGAAACCUGAGGCGAGGCUCUUACAGAGGGAAAAGGUCAUGCUGGACUUUAUCGGAGAACUGAUGGACAGUCAUGUUUCUGUAGACAGGGGCGGCCUGUCCAGUGGGAACAUCGUGGUAACCCACGGAGAUCCCGAGAAAGUUUCUUCUAUCAUCCGCAAAAUACUAUACCGGGUGGACGUGCCAGUCGCAGAGAAAACUGACGAAGACAUUUCACAAAUCAUGAAGUCACUAAGCGAAAAAUUCUGUGGUCAGUUCGAGGCUGACUUUGAAGAAGACCGUUCUACUUUCACAGCAGCGUUUCACAAGAGGGUAAAGGCUGACUUAAAGCCCCUCAUUGAAAGCAUCGCAAUGAAACGUGGUUGUCUUCCCCUGUCGCCAUACCAGAUAAACUACCUGCAGCGCCACCUGGAUGAAGUACAAGAGAGAUUCAAUGGCGGCCAGCACAAAGGUGCGGUCAGUAUCAAGAUGCAGAAAGAGUUGGGGCAGCAGGGCACACUACUAAUUUCCUCCAAAUGGUUGGACUUCAAAGCCACAAAACAGUUGGCAGAUCAGCUGACUUCCAACCUUCGAAACCAGCGAGAGAAGCUCGAAGUAUCGCGUGCUUUGUAUCUAAGCAGUGUCAAAGGUCAACAAGAGUUACGACAGCUGGAAGAGAAGGACCGUUGCCAUGUCUCGGUCUUGUUGCCUGGUCACCAGUUGCUGGCGAGGGCCGAGUCACCAAAAGGACUUUGUGUCUUUCUGUGUGAAGGCAACAUGGCCGCUACAGACUGCAAUGUUCUCCUGCUUCCUUUACACGAAGGUCACAAAGACUGGACUCCUGCGCAGAAGAUGAUCCUGGACAGAGGUCUUCUGACAACCAAACCCGAACUGUACGCAGAGUUGAUUGGCUGCUCGCCCAAGCCACGGACCUUGAUGCUUAAGUGUCAAAGGCCAGAAGCUGGAAAGACAGUGGUCCUAGUCUAUGUUCCUGACCAUUCAGACUGUUGCUCAGUGUCGGUGGAAGAAAUGGCUAAAGGACUGGACGGAGAACGGGCUGAAAAGCUAACUGAGGGACUGGGUGUAGCACUCGCUGAAGAACAGGCUGACAAACCAAUAAUAGGAUUGGUUGAAGGAGUAGAUAUAGAACUAGGUCCAGAAGAGACUGAAGAAAUAAAUGGAGAGAGUAAUCUAAAAGAAACUGAGAAACCGAUUGAAGGGCUUGAUGGAGAACCCUUUAAAUGGCUAGAUAAAGAACUGGAUGGAGGAAAGGAUGGGGAAUCGGAUGCAGGACUAGACCUGGAUCCAGAGCAGCCUAAAGAAGAAGAAUUGAGUAAAGGAAUAAAUGGAGAACUGGAUGUAGAAAUUUCUAAAGGAAUGGAUGGAGAAGCAACAGCUGGACGAGAUGGAGAAACGGUUAAAGAUAUUGAUGGAAAACUCGAUGGAGAACUGGCUCAAAUACUGGAUGGGGAAGUGGAUGUAGAACUACUUACAGAAGUGAGUAAUGGACCUGCUCAGAAGGUAGCCAAAGACCUGGUUGGGGGAGUGGCAAAAGGACUGGCUGAAGCUUUACGGUUGCCGUGCUCACGUGGGACAAGCGUUGCUGUACCCGCCAGGUUCAGUACCCAGCAUUCGGCGGCUGACAAUCUGAAAACAACCCUUAGGGUCGUCAGACACAUCUUGGAGGAGGACGAAGACAGCCCGACUACCGUGGUGGUUUUUCUGGAGGCAUCAUCUGACUGCGAGAGGAAGCACGUGACUGAAGCCCUCGAGCAGACGCUGAGUCCACGCUGGAAGGUUGAGACGGACUUUGUUGUCCUACAGGAGGAGAAUAAAACUGCAUCACCAGCAGCCAUCAUCUGUGCUCAACAUCAGGACCUAGAAAAGGCAUCUAGCGAGCUGCAGAAUAUUCGCGUUCCUAAAGAAUACGAGGGGAGCACGAGUGUACUGAGCGCUGACAUAAAACCUGGAUCGGACCUCUGUAUCGUGUCACAGAGUAUCAGUAAAGAUCUUGAAACAGGAAAAGUUUCAGAGGAAAAGAGACUUUCUGGACAACAACAGAUCUGUGAUAACGACGAUAAAUCAGCUGAGGACGAGGGCAGAGGCAAUGACGAAUCAGUGACAUGUUUUCGUGAUGACACCUCUACUGAUGACAGGUUUGACGACAGCAAGCAAGUUGAUGGUAGUGCUGAGGACAACGAUGCCGAGACGAUCACUGUUCCAUGGGGUGAAGAUGCUCGAGAUGAAGACAACAACGCAAAAGACCAAAGCAAACAAAAAGCGCCAUCUUUUGGUGGCACCAGGCUGCUUAUCUCUGGCAUUGUAAAAAGAUUAUCUGAAAAUUUUCUCAAGACUUUUCUGAAGCGUGUUGGAGCUGCUGAUGUGCUGUCUUUGCAGAUGAAUAGGAACAGAGAUAAGGCGCUGAUUGUCAUAGCAAACGAAAAUGUCGAUUUGCAACACCUGAAGCAGGUUUGUACCGAGAAAUCAGUGUGUGGUGAUGAGGUGAUUGUAAAAGCUGCCCCCAUUUCGAACUCAGUUCUGAUCCAAAACCUGAACCCCACGACGCAAGACGGAGCCAUUUUCUACUUUUUUAGCAACAAAAAGAGAAGCGGUGGAGGACCUGUGUGCGAUGUCUUCAGACUCGAUGACACUCGUGCUCUUGUUCAGUUUGAGCAGCUCGCCGAUACCCAGGCGGUUGUGGACAAAAAAGCUCAAGUCUUGGAUAGCUUCCCUUUGGAGGUCUGUAUGUCUCCUUGGAAUGAACUUACACCUCGGCAAGAACAAUCGUUAGCUACUACCUAUUCUGGAUCACCUACACUUUCGAAUGUUGACCAAAAACGAAAAGGUUCUAGAGGCAAGCAGUAUGAGCGACAACAUGAAAGACCGACAGAAGGAAGAUCUGGUCCUGACCUACUGUCUGAACCUUGCGAAGUCCCACAAUAUUCAAAUGUAGUCACAGAUUCAGGACCCAAUGGUGAGCCGUCUCUCUGGGGAAGAGGGAGAGGUAGGGGCAGCAGAAGGGGAGGCAGACGAGGAAAUAAAAGUACUUCCGAGAGGUGGGACGGAAGACCGAGAGAGUCUUCACAACCUUUCGGACACCAAGCAUUCUAUCCACCAUAUCCUUUGCAAGCAUGUUACUACGGAUCAGCUGAAAUUAAUGCUAGAGGGAAAUUUAAACCACCUGACUCUAUUAUAGUUACUUCCACAAGGCCAGGUGUACCAGAAAACUGGAAAGAACAGGUGUUGAAGAAAAUCGACAAAUAUGAGCACUUUUUUCCAGACAGGGUUUUGGGAGAAAUGAACCAAGCGCAGCUGAACAGAGAUUUAGCAUCAGAACUGCCACAAACAGAGCAAAUGAUGGAAACUGCUGCAAGAUUCAGGGAAGGGAAUUCUACUGUCACACUAAGAGGUGCGCAGGAGAUGAGGGCUAAAAAUGGCGAGGAACCGGUCGACAGAAGAGCAGAACAGGACACAAACUCAGUUCCACGAUUAGAAGUCAUCCGAGGCCUGAAGCCAUGCCAGAUCAAGGUCAUGUCCUUGCCACAGGUCGAGAGCAGGUUCGAGGAGAAAUAUAAAGGUCUUUCUCUUCAUAUGGAUCGAGAGAACAAGAAGCUGGCCCUAAGGAUAGAGGCCACAGAGAAAGAAGCGAAAAAGAUGAUGGCCGACAUCAUGGAAUACGUGACACAGAUCUCAGAGAGAACACUGCCAGCCACAGAGGCCAUGGCCCGUCUGCUCGCCGACCAGCGCUCCCUCAGCUGCACAGAAGCCAUGCUAAAGAAGAAAGGCGUUCUCUGUCGUCUGGAACUGAAGUCCAAUGCCAUUUCAGUCAGUGCCCCAACAUCCGGUCUGGCAGAGCAGGCAGAAGAUAUUUUCAGGCGUUCGUUCAACGAACAUAGCCGUGAUCUCGAGGAAGAUGAAGUUGCAGCAGCAAAGUCCUCAUCCUGGAAAAACUUAUCAGAAAAACUUCAGCGAAGAGACAAAGAAGAAGUACCCAACCCUGUCCUGCUCCUCAACACGGAGAAGAAGAUCGUAACCCUUCUAGAUGUGGCUGAGAAUUUCCCUAAGACAUGGGCCGAUGUGAAAACAUUUUUCAGCAUUAAAAAAGUGACGAAACUAGAGCGAAAAAUAUAUCUGAAUCAUUGCAAAUUUCUGACAAAGUGUUGUAAAGAAAAGAUAAAGCUGCUGAAGGAGAAGGCCGCCCAAGUAGGUGUGCUCGUAAACAUCGGCAAGAACGGCCAUGUGGACUUCACGGGCCUCACGGACGAUAUUUCAGUCAUCAAUGGGGAGAUGGUCAAUCUUCUUAAAUCCAUUCAGAUGAAGAAGAAGGUAUUUUCUGGUCCAGGUAUAGACACUUAUCUCAACAGCUCUGCAGGGCAACUGUUUAUAGAGCACACAGGGCAGGCAAACCUUUGCCUAGUAACGACAUCCGGUGAUAACACUUUCUUAACUUACCCUAAUGGUUUCAUGGUGGAUAGAGACAAAUCAAAGCAGUCUGAAGAACCACAUGAUGCCUUCUCGGAAGUAAUUCAGCCUAAUGAGGGAUCAAGUUCGGCAGCUCUUGAAGCAGGUGACGUUGGCUCAAACUCCGUUGAAAAGACCAUGUGGAAAUCUAUUGCUGUAUUAGUAUACUCCUGCGAUCAAGAGGCGAUUCAAAAAGUGCUCAAAGAAAUAAGAGAACACAUCAAGCAGAACCAGGCCACCAAGGAGGAACAGGACGAAAUCAUCUGCAACUUUUCUCCUCAGCAGCUGUCAGCAGUAACAGCCCUACAAAAGAAAUACGAGGUCGUCAUUAACAUGGAUGCAAAAAGGGGCACCGUUAAAAUUACUGGAUUCCAAUCCAAUGUCCUGGAAGCUUACGCAGCCCUUAAAGACAUCAAAUCCGAGGCGAGCAUGCGUGACCCCAUCACUGGCACGAUGCCAAUUCUCUGGCAGCAUGAGGUCAGCGAGGGCAAGUUCAGAAACUUUGACCCAGAGGACAUUCGCGACAUCGAGGCAGCCUACAACAGGAGAGAUUCUUCUGUUACUCUGACGAACAAGCAGGGAGGGAACUAUAAAGUUGUAUUUGAGGAAAAGAAGGUCUUAGACUUGUUCGCCCAGCCUGUUUCCGUCCGACGGAUAGACGUUUUGCAGGGAAACAUUGCAGGAACAGAAAAUCCAGAAGAGAUCCCGCUGCCUAGCAACUGGGAACCCAUGGACGGAACUAAAGUGAAACUAGUUGAUUUGGACCCUUUUUCCAAUGAAUACAAAGAUGUAUUGAUGCUAUUUGGAAAUGAGACUGUCAAGAAGAUCCAGCGCGUGCAGAACCCAACUUUGUUCCAGCAGUACAAGGUGAAGAAGAAGGAGCUGGAGAUGCACAACCCACCUGGCACUGAAAACGAGAAGAGGCUCUGGCAUGGCACUGACUCCAAAAACAUUGACAGUAUAACUACUAACGGCUUUAAUCGGAGCUACUGUGGGCAGCAUGGAACAGCAUUUGGUCAGGGUGUCUACUUUGCUACAGACUCUGCCCUUGCCAGACGCUAUACCAAGGACAGUCACAUACUUCAGGCGCGUGUGCUGGUAGGCCAGUCCACGCCAGGUCACAAAAGCUUGAGAAUGCCCCCCAAUAAGCCAGGAUCAGCCAGACCCUAUGAUUCUCUCUAUGGACCGAGAAUGUUUGUCAUCUUCCAUGACACCCAGGCUUACCCCGAGUAUCUGCUGACCCUAUGAUGUGAGCCACAUGGGUGAAGACGUGGUUGAGAAGAAAUCAGUGUCGAUGUUACAAUGAAAGUAGGCAAUAUAUCUUGAUGCUAGAUGGUGACGAAGCAUAAGUCCUGUGCGCCUAUUUCGUCGUCAGUGGCUCUUUCGUUGGGUCCAAAGCUACGGUGCCAACCUCUCCAAGAAACUGAAGCUAAACCUAGCUGCGACUCUUAGUAAUUAAAUAGUGACACACACCUCACAACUCUUGCUUUAGUGACACACGCCGAACACAAGUCAAUGGCGACACACGCUGGCUAAAGGCGACACACACCUGACGAUGCUUCCACAUCUACUCCUCGCUUCCUCCUAACUUCUUUGCUGCUAUUAGUCCCUUACUAUCAGGUCUUAAAUACAGUAUACAAAAGCAUCUAGAAGCAUUGUCACGCGCGAGCUCUCUCGCACCGAAGAUGUUAGUUUACAAGGCUUACAUCAGCUACACUCGCACACCUGUUAGAAUGGUCUAGGGUUCUAGGCGGACACGAUCAAAGCCCUGGGAGGCACCCCUACAAAGGGUUAUGACAUUUCAUUCGUAACAGGAAAUCAUACCUAAAAAUACAGAUCCUCUCGAUGGCAGCCUUACAUUCAGACUCUGUAUAAUAGGAAGACAUGUUCAAAAGCGUCUGUAGUUUCUACAGGAUGACAGCCAUGUCCUAUCGGGAAAGUUCCGGGGGCAACAAAUUCUGUGUCUACAUGCUGGACCAACAGACAGGCUGUCUUUUAUUGCUUCCGAGGUGCGGCCUCUGAACGCUAGCGAGUGUGAAUGAACUGUUAUCAUAUGCAAAUCUGAACUGGGAUUUUAUGAGUGUUCUGUCUGGUGUGUCGGGUAUGAAUGUGUUAUGUAUUGUUGAUUGUUGAUGCUGUGCUGUAUGGUUCUAAACCCUUCUUCUUUAUAGAGGUGCUACAAACUUUAUCUAAGUCGUAUCUUAUGUUUCAGGUGUUAACUUUAGAUUAAGGAUUCUGUUUCUACUUUUUGAAAUAUAGACAAACAAAUAAAAGUAAAUAAUCGUAAAACAAACAAAAGACUAGGAGUUUGGUGCCAAGUCUCUUGGUGUUAUAAAGCGUUCACUUAAUAGCAGACUUUAUUGGCGUAUAACUUGUUCGUGUCAAUUCGGGAUAUACUGUCUUUCGUGGGGGACUGCGUCGCCGGUCGUGACUGAACAUUUGGAUUUUUGACUGUGUUAGUGUGAUCGGACUAGGUGUUAUUUAAGGAAUUUAGACUUUGGGGUUUUUUUUUCAAUAUAAAUGAAUAAUAUUUUCAUUGCUUGGUUGUAAGUUUUUUCAAAUUAUAUUUAUUUUAAACUGAA